AUGGCUACAGCAGGAGCAGACGAUGAGAAAUCAAGUUCAGAGCGUGUUUUGCGCAUCACUGAUAUUGAGAAAGAACCACUCGAACUUCUCUUACCCAUUGCCGGCUACGAACAAAUGCCACUUGUAUCACUUGAGAAGGCCAUCGAACCACUCGUUCCUCUGCUGCCACUCAUUCGAACUUAUGCUUAUGUUGCGAAAGGAAGAUGCGAAAAUCCUGCUGAUGAUCUUACUCAAGACGAAUCAGCUUCUAUUAUGUUAUAUACUAUGGAAUGGAAACCACGAAAUCAAUGUCUCUAUGUCGCUCUGAACGCCACACUACGAUCAAAAGAUCGAGACCAACUCACACCAUGGUUCCUUUAUUUGAGACUUUUUCUUAAUGCACUCCUUCGCUUACCGUCAAUAUCACGAACAGUUUUUCGAGGAGUUAAGUUGGAUAUGAGUAAAGAAUAUGCAACGGGAAAAACUAUUGUCUGGUGGGGAUUUUCUUCAUGUACGGUUAUUAUAGAUGUUUUACAGUCAGAAGCAUUUUUGGGUAAAACAAGUGAAAGAACAUUGUUUACAAUUGAAUGUCUUCGUGGGAGAGACAUUCGUAAACAUUCUUAUUUUUCAUCCGAGGACGAAAUCCUUCUUGUACCUGCUACCCAUUUCAAAGUCGUUGGUUGUCUCAAUCAAGGUUCUCUGAAUCUUGUUCAUUUACAAGAAAUCGAACCACUAUUUCCACUUUUACAACCGAUACUACCACUGUUAGUACAACCGAGUGUUCAUUGUGCAUCUGAUAUUCAUUCCAACAGCAAAUGGAACCAGAAAGGAGUGACUAUCGCUGGUGGAAAUGGUCAAGGAGAUCAAUUCCAUCAACUCUCAAAUCCUUGUGGUAUCUAUGUUGAUGAUGAUCAUCAAAGUAUUCUCAUUGCGGACUAUUGGAAUAAUCGUGUUGUAGAAUGGAAGUGGGACAAAAACGAUGUUGAAGUUGUUGUCAAUGGAAAUGAACCAGGAAAUCAGUUGAAUAAAUUAUCUUGUCCAACCGACGUCGUUAUGGAUAAAAGUGAUCAUUCGCUCAUCGUUUGUGAUCGAGAUAACAAACGCAUCAUACGAUGGUUUCGUCAAAAUCCUACAAAUUCACAAAUUCUCAUCUCUAACAUUGAUUGCUGUCGUCUGACACUAGAUCAAGAUAGAAAUCUUUAUGUUUCUGAUUCGCAAAAGUGUGAAGUGAGACAAUGGAAGAAAGGAGAAACAGAAGGAACCAUCGUUGCUGGUGGAAACGGAAAAGGACAUCACUUCAAUCAACUUAAUCGACCUACGUAUAUCUUCGUCGAUCAAGAUCAGUCUGUUUACGUGUCGGAUUGCUCGAAUCAUCGUGUGAUGAAAUGGAUGAAAGAUGGCAAAGAAGGAAUGGUUGUGAGUGGUGGACACGGUGAAGGAAACAGUUUGACACAAUUGUAUCAACCUCAAGGAGUCACUGUCGAUCAUUUGGGUAAUGUUUACGUUGCUGAUUGGGGAAAUCAUCGAAUCAUGCGAUGGUUGAAAGAAUCAAACGAAGGUUCGAUUAUUCUUGGUGGUAAUGGUCGUGGGCAACAAUCAAACCAAUUCGACUCUCCUUGCGGUUUAUCAUUUGAUCGACAAGGAAAUCUUUAUGUUUCCGACUGGGGAAACCAUCGAGUCCAAAAAUUUGAAAUGGAUUUGAAUUGA